AUGAAACACCUACUUAAAACUCAUAUCACCCUCUUCAACCGUGCAGGCCUCCCCAGCCAAGAACAUGUCUACCGCUCAGAAACGAACUGCAAUCCGCAUUGUGAGUUCUGGAAUCGCGGAAAUUCAGUCGAAUGUCACUUUCCCCGCUCUCGCUCAGACUAUAUUAUCGCCGAAACCAAAGCCUUUGCACUGAACGCGGCCGAUAAUCAUCAGAUCGACGUACUAGGCGGUUCAGGCUCAAUUGUUGGCUGUGACUGGUCUGGAGUGGUUCUAGAAGUCGGAGAAAAUGUGACAGAAUUCAAACCCGGAGACUACGUAUACGGGCUAUGCCACGGUGGCAAUUCCGUCGAGCCCGAAGAUGGCGCAUUUGCGGAUAUCGUUACAUCCAAAGAAAGUCUCACCAUGCACAAGCCAGACUUUCUUAGCUUCCAAGAGGCUGCUUCUUUGGGGGUUGGUCUCGCAACCAUUGGACAGGCACUCUACUGGGUCCUGAAUUUGCCUCUACCAUCUCCAGAAAUCCCAGUCAACUCUGGGCCAACACUACUGGUGUAUGGAGGCAGCUCCCUCACGGGCACAAUUGCUAUUCAAUUAGCCAAGCUUUCUGGAUGCCGCGUGUUUACAACUUGUUCCGCUCAUAAUAAAGAGCUUGUUAAGUCCCGUGGUUCUGAUGAAUGGUUCGACUAUAGUCUACCAGACUGCUAUGAAAGGGUCAAUGAUAUCGGGGCAUCGAUCACCUAUCUAUUGGAUUGCAUUGGUAGCGAAGAGUCGAGCAUAUUCUGCAGCAAGGUACUUGCUCCGACCGGUGGACAUUACCACAGUAUAAAAGCACCCUUGCCAAAAGCCUUCAAGGCAUCGCGGCCGGAGACAACCGCGAUCGCAACUACAGCUUUCGCCUACUCUAUGACGGGUGAGCGGUUUGAGUUCCCAGGUAUGGAAUUUGCUGCCGACGUGGCUCAGGGUCAAUUCGCCAAAAAGUGGCGCGACAUCGCUGAGGAUUUAGUUGCAAGGCGCAAGAUCCAGCCACAUCCCGUUGUCACACGAAGGGGAGGUUUGCACGGAGUUAUUAACGGAUUGAAUGAGAUCAGGAGCCGGGCUCCACGAGGACAUAAAAUUGUUUAUUCGAGAGAUCCAUAG